AUGAGCGAGAACGCGGACUUGGCGGAGCGAUUCGCGCUGGAGGGGAUCGCGUUUAUUGGGCCUCCGGCGAGUGCCAUCGUGAGCAUGGGCUCGAACAGCGUGUCGAAGAAUAUCAUGUCUGCUGCAGGUGUUCUGGUCGUCUCUGGCCAUCACGGGAACCAGGACCUCGACUUCUUGCAGCAAGAGGCUUUGCGCAUAGACUACCCUGUUCUCAUCAAACCCGUCCCAAGAUCGAACACCCUGAUCACCGAACUUGAUGUCAUCCAGCGGCAACUAGAGGUGGCAGCUGGAGAUGCGCUUCUUCUCGACCAGUCCUCAAUACCACUCGUCGGGCGUGCUUUCGAAUCGCGCCUAUACGCCGAGAACCCACGCAACUUCCUCCUCGACUCUGGCCAACUCGCCUACCUAUCCACACCCACACCCACUCACAUAUUCACGGCUCCGCCGGGUGCAUACCUCUGGGAGAACGUGCGCUGGAAGAGUACAGAGGUCGAGAACAUCAAGUUCUCGAGGGCCCUCGGGGGAAACCAGGCGUUUAUAGACGGAGACGUCGAGACAGGUUUCAUUCCGCUCUUCCCACCCACACCUGAACCUCCCGAUGAAGCUCUCGCACAAGCCAUGUCGUCCUGCGCGACGAGCCAAUUCCUGCUUCCUCCAACCCUGAGACGACACUCACUUCUCGUGCUUCAACGCGACGUUUACAAGAACCAUCACCCUCCAACACAGAUCCCUCUCCCACCUUCUCCGUCACUCGCGCUCACCGUGGCCGCCUCCCUCCCGGACAGUUUCUCGCCCACCUUCGCUGCCGUAUCCGCCGUGCUUGAGUCCCCCCUCACCUUCGCCGGCGCACGUGCCCGCACGACCAUGGUCCCACCGCCCGCCCGCCGCCUCGCCCUCGCGCGCGUCCCGCUCGUCCAUGCAAGCACCACCUAG